AUGGAAAUAAAGGCUUUAAGAACGAAACUGGUUAGAUAUUUAUAUGAGUAGGUUUGUCAGCUGAAAGAGAAUUUUAUUCUUAAGAGAUGGAUUUUUAAGAGUUCAGAAAAGACAUCCAAGAAGUAAAAGCUUGGCCUUUUCAAAAGAUAGAAAUAUUAAAAAGACAGAGCCAUAUACUAUCAUUAAAAAAAAGAAGAAUAAUCUUUUGAUAAAUAGAGAAAAUUAUAUAUUAUUCCUACCAAAGAGAUUUAAAAUAAGUAUACUUUAUUAUUUUUAUUAUUAGAUGA